CACACAUCAAAUGAGUGUUUGAUCAAUUAGGCGGCUUAAAUCCAGGGUCAUCUUGUGCACCCAACGGUCACCCUGGGUUCUUCCAAGAUCUUUUCUCCUCGCCAAAUUGGCUUCCGCGGUUGUAACCAUUGCCCAUCACUUUCAUGGCAACUGGCAACAGAAAAUCGGCUACUACUACCGGUAUUAUUCAUCACCAUGAGCUCUCCCACCAACCGCAACACUUCUUCACAACCUGCUUCCUCGAGAUCAAUAGCCGAUAAUACUGCUCCCGUCGCCGACCCGCUUUCUGGUAGUUCCAAAGAUUUCAAGCCUCCCGCGGCUGUCGUAGACGGACUCUCCUCGCUCAACAAUGCGAUUCAUCGGUUUUUGCAGCGCAAUCCGCUCUUGAAUCAAUGGAAGUCGCGACGGGCAUUCGUGUCGGCCCAAGGACACAUGUUGGGAAUAUUGCUGGUGGCUAUUAUCGUGAACAAUUGGCCCGUGAGUUAUCCCCGCGAAGACAAUCACAGUGAACCCAUGUUUUGGUUUAUGGUGCUCCUCAUGGGUGGCGCGACCGCGUAUACGCUCAAACACAAACCAGGAACGAGAGGUGUUCAGUUAUUGUCCCGCGCGCAGACGGAAGAGUGGAAGGGAUGGAUGCAAUUCAUCUUUAUCAUGUACCACUACUAUCGGAACCGCACCAUUUACAAUGAAAUUCGGGUCCUGGUAUCCGCCUAUGUUUGGAUGACUGGAUUUGGACACUUCCUCUAUUGCGACAAGAAACAAGACUUUAGUUUGGAACGCAUGGUAUCCAUGUGGGUCCGAAUCAACUACUUUCCUCUCAUGCUCAGUCUCUUUCUCAAUGUCAAAUUGGAGCUCUAUUACGUGGUUCCCCUCCAUACGGUCGGUUUUUUCAUGACCAUGGCGACCUGCUAUGGUGCCAAAAUGAUUCGCGAAAAACAACUGUUGGGACCCAAUUUCAGCAAUAGCCAAGAAAAGAGCAACGUGGCGGCCAUUGGCAUUUGUCUCUUGGUGCAUAUUGUCUUUUUUGAAACGCCACUCCGAGGCAUACUGACAUGGAUUUCCCACGAAUACGAGUUUCGAUUCUCCACCGACAAGUAUUCCGCCUGGUUUGGAAUGCUCUCGGCAUUUCUAUGGAGUCGAUUUCAGUCAUAUAUGCAGUGGUGUUAUGGAGAGGACGAUAGCGGUGGCAGUAGUGACGCAUCCACCACUAGUAGUGAACCCGACAAGGCGGAUGUCACUUCGCCCCAAAACAAAACUCAAAAACCCAACAAGAAUCCGCAAAAGGUCCAGGCCAUGCAAAUUCAACGAGCCGCUGGUGCGGGAUUGAUUCUCCUCUGGUUGUUUGGAUUUGGAAUGGAAACUGACAAGCACGUGUACAAUCCACGACAUCCCUACAUCUUUUGGAUGCCCAUGGCCGGAUGGUUGAUGCUGCGCAACUCGUCCAAAUACUUGACCGAAUUGCACUCGACCGUGCUCGAAUUCAUGGGACGCAUCACCUUGGAGACGUACGUGUUGCAGUUUCACGUAUUCAUGUGUCGCAAUGUACAGCAUAUUCCCGUUGUCAUUCCAGGAUCAGGGGCCAACGGAUUCAUCAUCUUGAAGUUUGCCAACAUGUUGGUGACCGGGGCGUGUUUUAUCGGCUUGGCGUUUUAUGCGCGGCAAGCGACCGUGGUGACGCAAAAUGCCAUUACCGAGUUGGUGACGGACAUUAAGAAACAGUACGGUUAUUCGGAUUCGGCUGCUGCUUCUCCAGAAGAAGAGCAAGGACUUGUCAAUAAGCCGUCACUCACCGAGGUUGUGCAAUUCUCCGAGGCACCCAGCAAGGACAAUAACGACGGUCUCUUUCAGACACCUCAAAAGGACAAAAAGGACGAAGAGUCCUAGAAGCCACUGCUCGGUGGUCGGUCAAGGUGACUGGCAAAGAUUGUGGACGGAUCGGCAAUGAUUCGGAGGGGUGACAAUACUUUCUUUCUUAUUACUUAGACUGCUUUGCGUGUUACGUUUUCACUCUAAUGAUGUUCGUUUGGUGGCUGGGCAGCUCGCCGGACCCAGUCCCA